AACAAUUACAAAUCGGAUUGCUUGGGAUCGUCUUCUUCAUUGCUCAAAAGCUGUCAAGAUGAUUGACGAUCAAGACCUCGGCUUCUUUGCGAAUUUCCUUGGAAUCUUCAUUUUCGUGCUUGUUAUAGCGUAUCAUUUCGUGAUGGCUGUCCCAAAAUUUGAAGGCAACUGAGGGUUUUUGCACUUUUUAAGCGUCUGCAAUGGAUGUUUAGAUUAUAGAGUUGUUUCAGAAAUGAAGACAAAUCAAUGUUGUUAAACACCUUGAACGAUAUAUUGCUAUAAAUGGUAUUGCUAAUGUUUUACUCG